AAAUUGAUUUUAAAAAGAAGGCAAUUCACUAUUGUUAAUAUAAUUAAAUUAAAUCUAAAACAAAUAAAAUAGAAGGAAAGAAAAAAAAUGAAUAAAUUUGUAGCAAUAACUACUGUCUUGUUCUUAAUUUCAAUUGGAACUGGAGUCUUAUUGAUUCAAGGUGAUAAAACUGAUGUAGCUGUCACCCGCUAAGUUACAUUUGCAGAAUACUAGGAUUGUAUGGACAAAAAUAUUAACUAAAAUAACCCAUGCUUAAAAGAAGGGGAUACUUAUGGUAUGGUUUAAUAAGCCAAGAAUUAUUUUGCCUCUUAACCAGCAUGCAUUAAAUUUAUGGAAUACUCUAAUAGUGUAUAUACCUCUAACUAAUAAAAUACUGCUUAUAUUAACUCUCACUGGUACUAUAACGACUGUUAUAACUCUAAUGAACUUAAGACUAUAGCUUUAAGGUAUUAUGAAUGCCUUUAUAAAUAGUUCCUUGAACCUUAGCUCUAAUUGUGCAGUGGCUUAUAUUGA